AUUCUUUCUUUUCUUUCUUUCUCUCUCUCUCUCUCUCUCCUCUCUGUGUGCCAGCAAGAGAGAUGGUCUUGAAAGAAGCAAUAACAAGGCGGUUAUGCCAUUAAUGGGGUUUUCAAGGGUGUUAGGAGGAGGAGUUUUUGAAGAAGAAGAAGAAGAAGAAGAGCAAUUGGAAGCUAACCUUAUACACAGCUCUUUCAUGGCUAGUAAUAAAGUCAUCAAUCACUCAACUCAACUAGAACAUCAGCAGCAGCAACAACAACAAAAUCACCAUCAUCAUCAUCAUCAACAAGAGCAUCAGAUACAAGAGCAUCAUCAACAUCAGCAGAUUCCUUAUGGAAUUAUGCAAUCAUCAUCAAUAUCAUCCUCAAUUCCUGGUAGCUUCAUAACCAAAGAUGCUGGAGCUUAUGACUUGGGAGAAUUGGAUCAAGCUCUUUUUCUAUAUCUUGAUGGACAAGACCCUUCCACUGUUCAAGACCAAAGACAGAGUUCUGGAAUGAGGCCUCCAACUCUGAACAUUUUCCCCUCUCAGCCUAUGCACGUAGAACCAUCGGUAGCAAAGGCUAAUACUCCAGGAUUAGUUUCUUCAGCGACUAGUGGUUCAAAGAGACCAUCAGAGCCGUCCAUGGAGUUGGCCAACGCAAGAAAUGAUGCUGCUGCUGCAUCUGGGCCUGAACGAGCUAAAGCUAUCAAGCGCGAAGGUAACCGUAAAGGUCCAACAACUUCAAGUUCUGAGCAAGAAGGACCCAAGACUCCAGACCCUAAGACAUUGAGGAGACUUGCUCAGAAUAGAGAAGCAGCGAGGAAAAGCAGGCUAAGAAAAAAGGCUUACGUUCAGCAGCUAGAGUCAAGUAGAAUUAGGCUAACCCAAUUGGAACAAGAGCUCCAAAGAGCCAGAGCUCAAGGUAUUUUCUUUGGUGGUGGAGGAAGUCUUCUAGGUGGAGAUCAAGGCCCUCCUGUAGGUAUCAGCAACAUUAGCUCAGAUGCUGCAGUAUUCGACAUGGAGUAUACCAGAUGGCUGGAGGAGCACCAUCGUCUGACAUGUGAGCUUCGAGCAGCAGUGCAGGAACAUCUACCUGAAAACGAGCUUAGGCUCUUUGUGGACAACUACUUAGCUCACUAUGAUGAGGUGAUGACCCUCAAAGGGAUGGUUGCCAAAUCCGACGUCUUCCAUCUUGUUUCUGGCAUGUGGAAGACUCCCGCUGAGCGUUGCUUCAUGUGGAUGGGAGGUUUCCGGCCAUCCGAGCUCAUCAAGAUUAUACUGAGCCAAAUCGAGCCCUUAACAGAGCAGCAAAUCUUAGGGAUAUAUGGAUUGCAGCAAUCGACGCAGGAGGCUGAAGAAGCUCUGUCACAAGGGCUUGAAUCUCUAAAUCAAUCUCUAUCAGAUACUAUAGCUUCUGAUUCAUUGAGCUGUCCUCCCAAUAUGGCUAACUACAUGGGCCAAAUGGCUGUAGCCAUGAACAAGCUAUCUACACUUGAAGGUUUUGUUAGACAGGCAGAUAAUCUGAGGCACCAAACCCUUCAUCGGCUGCAUCAGAUAUUGACCACCCGGCAAGCAGCGAGGUGUUUCCUGGCGAUCGCCGAGUACUUCUAUCGUCUCCGAGCUCUGAGCUCUCUGUGGUUGGCUCGUCCAAGGCAGGAAUAGUAGAAAACCCUAGAAACAUUAUUAGCCACUUUUAUAUAUCUUUAUUUAGUAUCUCUCUCUCUCUCUCUCUCUCUCUCUCUCUCAAUUAUUAAAAUAUGUCUUCGAUAUUCCUUUUGCUUACUUUCAACAGAGAUGUAUAGAUCAUAGACAAAAGGUAGAUUAAGUUAAAAGCAGUAGAACUUUCUCUCCCUUUCUCUUGCAUUUCUUCUUGGAUUAUUAGGAAAUUCAGAGAAGCAAUGAUUUGGCAGCUGUUUUUGACUAGAAAUUGAAGGAGCAGUAGAAGAGAAGAAGAAGAAGAAGUAGAAGAAGAGGAAGAAGAAGAAGCAGGUGGUUUAAUUGAUCAAACUUUGUUUUUUUGUUUGGGUUUGUGAGAAUAAAGACAAAAGGGGUUGGUUGAAGAAGCCUAGGUGUAGCUUGUAGAUCCAUGCAUUGCUUCUAAUUAGGUCAUUUCCUUCUGAUCAAA